AUGGCGGAGAAAGCUACCUCAAACAAGGAACACCCUCUUGUGGGGGUCGUUCUCUGCUUAACGUCUGUGCUCCCAGAGCAGCGGACUGAGUUAGCCACAAUUGCGAGUCAAAUGGGAGCGAUUCACAAGUUCGAUCUAACCUCCGAUGUAACGCAUUUACUAGUCGGUGAAACGAAUACCCCCAAAUACAAGUUCGUUGCUCGAGAACGCCCAGACGUGAAGGUUCUAAAGCCGGAAUGGAUCCAAGCCUUACGGGAGUCAUGGAUGCAGGGAGGAGACACGGACCUCCGCACGCUGGAGGAACAGUACAAACUUCCAACGUUUUCGGGGCUGUCAAUAUGCAUUACGGGUUUCGAAGACAUGGCCCUCCGGAAUUACCUUGAAGACACGGCCACUGCGCAUGGAGCUGAAUUCAGGAAGGAUCUCACAAAGAGCGUAACUCAUCUCGUCUCUCGGAACACGGAAGGUCAAAAAUACAAGUUCGCGACGCAAUGGAAUAUUAAGGUCGUGACAAUGAAGUGGUUCAAUGACAGUAUAGAGCGCGGAAUGGUCCUCGAAGAAACCCUUUACCACCCGCUCUUGCCGGCAGAGCAACAAGGUGCCGGUGCCUGGAACCGAUCAAUACCAACAUUCAAAAAGACAUCAAGUGCUGAGACAGUAUCAAAUCCACGGCCCAGGAAAUUGCGCAGAAUGGCAAGCGCCAAACUGGAGCACCAGAACGAGAACAUCUGGGGUGAUAUUGUAGGCACAGGUUUCGAAGGCUCUGAUCCCAAGAAGCCUAAAACCAAUCAACAAUCGAGUGGUGGUUCCGCACCUGCGAAGAAUAGGCCCGUACUUCAAGAAGCGAAAUCGUUUGCCAGUGCAACUACUUUUGCAGACGCGACAGAAGCGCAGCCCGGGCCUCGCAAGCAGUCACCAGAAGCUGCGGCCAACAGCCAUAAAGGAUUUCUGCAUGACUGCUACUUUUUUAUCUUCGGUUUCUCCUCAAAGCAGACAAGUGUACUGCGCCAGCAUCUGACAUUCAAUGGCGCUCAAAUAGUUGGGUCGCUGAGCGAUUUCUCUCACCCCGAUAUCCCAAAAACCGGACAUGGCCUUUACAUUGUUGUGUCCCAUAAAACCCCGCGAACCCAAGUUCCCAGCACGGACGACAUGGCCUUUGAGUGUGAAGUGGUGACGGAUAUGUGGCUGGAAAGGUGUCUCGAUGCAAAAGCAUUUGUUUCGCCAGAAUCUCAUGUCGCAAACACGCCGGUCCCUGGUUUCCCUAUACCAGGUUUCCAAGGAUUAAAAAUAUGCUCCACUGGGUUUGUACGUAUCGAUCUCCUGCAUCUAUCCAAGCUAGUGAAUCUCAUCGGUGCCUCAUACAACGAGUAUAUGACACAAAGUUCUUCCGUUCUGGUUUGUAAUGAUCCACGUUCUGUGAAUCAAGACAAGUUACGGCAUGCUUCGGAAUGGGGUGUCCCAGCCGUCUCCGGAGACUGGCUUUGGGACUCCAUCCAAGCCAGUAAUAAGAAGCCAUUCGAACCCUACAUGGUCAGAAAGCUCUUUUCGCAAAACGAUAAAGGCGCAGAGAAGCGACAAAAUGGCUCUCGCAGCAACAACACAAGCCAAGGGAUUUCACCCCGUGCCGUUCAGGAAAUACAAUGUUCAAGCAGCGAGAUCGCCGCGGUCAAGGAAAAUACGCCAGCCAUAUCACGGUCCAAAACUAUCGCUGAGAAACGGAAGCAACCCAGCGACGAGGUUGCUCAGAAUGCUCUUCAAGAGAAGCAACCAAACCCACAAAAAAGAGCAACAGAAUCGAUACCACAUUCAAAGUCUCCAUCGCCUCAGAAAGACCAAUCUCGGCCUAAUACCAGCACUUCUCCACUAAAACGCCAAGAAACAGAUCAAUCAGCCGCAUCUGCGUUCGAUCUCGCUGUCAGCGGUCUCCUCAAGCAAGCCCAAGCGAGCUCACGCUCAGCUACCGAUUCAAGAGACCAAAGCGACCAACCCCGCGCCAGAAGACGAAAACCACUCCUCGGCAGAGCAACAUCCCUUAAUUCAACACGCACCUUUGAGCGAUCAGCCUUCUCCCGCGCCAGCUCCAUCGACACCCUCAACGAAGACGGCUGCGGCAGUGGCGCAGAGAGCGUGGCUACAGACAAAAACACAACAUCACGAGUAAACAGCCAUGGAGAGCAAAGCUUCACGUCGCUCUUCAGUGGAACACGUCUCGAGUUCGGUGCUGAAGGCAAUCCCGAAGGCCAGGAGGACGAGAACGAGGAACCUCCGAUGACACAGUUGAACUACGAAGACCCCGAUGCUGUGGCGAUGAGACAAAAAUUCCUGCAGAAUGCAGGGAAACUUGUUGACACGGAACCAGCAAAUCAGGGAUUAGUCGUCGGUGAGGUCCGGGAACUUGAGGAUGUUGGAUGGGGGACUGGCCGGAGGACGAGGGGGGCUGCUAAGCCUGCGGAUGAUCUGGAGUAUUGA